AUGUCGGCACUCAGCGCGCUGCCCUUCCUGAAGCCGGUCCAGCUGCGGUCGCCCCGCGGCUCGCCCGGGGGCCAGCGCCGGCACACGCUGCCCGCCAGCGAGUUCCGCUGCCUCAGCCCCGAGGAUGCUGUCAGCGUGUUCGAGAUCGAGCGCGAAGCCUUUAUAUCAGUUUCUGGGGACUGUCCCCUGCACCUGGAUGAGAUCCGCCACUUCCUGAACCUGUGCCCGGAGCUGUCCCUCGGCUGGUUUGAGGAAGGGAGGCUCGUGGCUUUCAUCAUUGGCUCCCUCUGGGACCAGGAGAGGCUCAGCCAGGCAGCGCUGACCCUGCACAAGCCGCAGGGCUCGGCCGUGCACAUCCACGUGCUGGCCGUGCACCGCACCGUGCGCCAGCAGGGCAAGGGCUCCAUCCUGAUGUGGCGCUACCUGCAGCACCUGCGCUGCCUGCCCUGCGCCCGCCGCGCCCUGCUCAUGUGCGAGCCCUUCCUCGUGCCCUUCUACCAGAAGUGCGGCUUCCAGGCGCUGGGGCCCUGCCAGGUGACCGUGGGGGAGAUGGCCUUCGUGGAGAUGCAGCACCCCGUGCGGGGGCACGCCUUCAUGCGCAGGAACAGCGGCUGCUGAGGCCUGGCCGGCCUGGGGGUGACAGGCUGCAGCCCCCCUCCAUCCCCACGCUGUGAUCCGUCGUCCCCAGCUGGCCCUGGAUACAGCUGCUCCCUCUGCCACUUCUGCCUGCCAGCCACACCGGCCUGGCCCCGUCCCAUCCCUGCGGGGCUGGGCACAGGAAUUCCUGCCUGAUCCUGCUGGAAGCAUCGGCUCCCUGGGCUCUGCUGGCAGGUCUGGGUGGGCUGCAGGGCCACGAGCCCCCUGGGAUGGAAAGGCUUUGCCCUGGGAAUGGCUGGGGGGCUCUGCUGGUUUGAGGACACUUCCACCCACCACGGUUUGCUGAGACACCCAGCAGAGCCUCUGCAAACACGUGCCCCUGCCUGGCACCCCUCCCACCAUCACAGCCACCACGAGUGGAGCACACCAUGGCCAAGCCCUCCCUGAGCAGCCCCC